CAUCUCUGCGCUGCUCCCGCCUCGAUCUCCUCUGGCCGGCGGACGCAGCGCAUCGCUCAUGAAGCGCUGGCUGCCGCUCAUCGCCGUGGCCCUGGUCGCCAGCGCAGCCGGCCUCACACCCGGGGACGUGAUUGUCAAGAACGAGCCGCUGACCGUACCUCUGGGACGCUCGGUGUUUCUGAGCCCGUCGGAGGACCUGCGAAUACGAGUUGCACCGGGAGACCGCUGUGACGUGUACGUCGUUCAGGCAGAGGAUGGCGAGCCCGCAUCCGUCCUGUACUGGAAUCGGCCCGGAAGGCUGCAGCCCACAUCUUUUCCAUGUGGAUUUGGCUUCGGCACUGUGUCCUACACGCAUUUUGGGUCCAGGAUAACACCGCUUCUUGACAGGGUGCGACUCCUCGUCAAGUAUGAGGCGGAGAACGAGACGCUGAUAGUGCCAUUGUUAUUGUCGGUGGAUGUGUCACCGGAGCCGUAUCAGAUUGCAGUGAAAGUGAGUCCUCUUUCCGUGCCAUCAAUUGGGGCUGAGACCAAGCCCAUCAAUGAAGAUGUCCUUACUUUCAGUGCCCGGGAACCAGGAAGUAUUUGCAGGGUGCGUGUCUUAUCAGAAAUUCACCAGCUUCCUCGUUAUGGUGGGUUAACUGGUGACGUCCCGACGCAAUUCGUCAAUUGCGAGUCUUUUCUUCAAGGCGAUGUCCGGUAUCGCCACAAUGGUGGGCCACAGUCACUCAAAUGGGACUACGUGCCGUUCCUCGUCGAGGUCACCGAUUCCUCGGGCCAUUCAUCGAGGAAGGAGCGCUUUCACUUACCCAUAAAGAUUGAAGCAGGAAUUGAGAACUCUGCUCCCCUACCGACUUUCGCAUCUGAGCUUCGCCUCGACGUCAGCCAGUUCAUAAUGACUCCGCUGACUCCCGCCGUCCUCUCAGCAGAUGAUUCGGAUGGCGACAGCGGUGCAUUGCUCUUCAACUUCAGAACAGUUCUUGGUCCCGGAGAGGGCCACUUUGUGACAACCGAUGACGGUCGUGUGCCAAUUACUUCGUUUUUCCAAAAGGACGUGCAAGCCCUAAAGAUAGCCUAUGUGCCCCCUCUGGCGCAGUCCAAUGACAGCCGAGUGUUUCGAGUUGAAGUAGAGGUGAUUGAUCCAGACGGUGCGGCUUCGGAUCCGUUCUCUCUCAUGAUUGUCGUGAAACCAACGAACACAAUGGCUCCUCUGGUUACUAAGAACAGUGGGAUCACGCUAGUUGAAGGGAAAUUGAAAAAACUUGGUGGCAGUUUAGCUAUCUCUGAUCAGGAUAACCGCGAAGACGUUGUCUUCACCGUAGUUCAUGGAAUGAGGCACGGAAACCUUCUGGUGGAUGCUGGCGAAGCCGACAUGUUCACGAUUGCUGAAUUGGACGAAGGGCGCGUCGCUUAUCGACACGAUGGAAGCAGUACAAGCACAGACAAUAUCGUAUUUAAGGUGAGCGAUGGACAACACGACGUUGAGUUUCUUUUUCCUGUCAUCAUUUAUCCAGUUGACGACGAACCUCCACUCUUGGAUAUUAACACCGGCAUCACGAUCUACAAAGGAGAGGACGCCCAAAUUUUAUCUCGCUACUUAAGUGCCACCGACGUUGACAGCGAUGAUUUCGGCAUUCUCUUUGAGUUACUGCCCCCGUUUCCAGAACAUGGCACAUUGCUGGUGAAGAAGCAUGAAAAGCCACCAGAUUCUUAUCAUUGGCUGUUCAAGGACGACAUGUACGAGGCAGAGGUGACCAAGUGGGAGCAGGUAGAUUUGCUCGAAGGAAACCUAUACUACCGCCACUCAGGAGAUCACGUUUCCGAACCGAUCACAGACCGCGUCUUUUUCCAGCUCUCUGACGAAAACGAACCGCCAAAUGAAUCCGGUAUAAACGAGUUUGUGGUCAGGAUUCUUCCUGUCGAUGACGUGCCACCAGAGAAGCACCCCGACGCCACGCUUCACCUCCUCGUAGAGGAGUUCCAGCUGACGAGCAUCACGACGAAGGAGUUACGUUACCGCGAUCUCGACACGAAAGAAAAAGAGCUCCGCUAUCGGAUCACGCAGCCGCCUUUCGACACGGACGCCAGCAACCCGAUGAGCGCGGGCUCAGUAGUGCGCAUGGACGAACCGGACACAGAUGUCACAGAGUUUACGCAGGCGGAAGUUAACCACCAUAAAAUUGGUUACCAACCCCCUUCGGCGGAACUGGGAAUUGUUCCUAGGGUAAUAAACUUCGAGUUCGAGGUGCGCGACAACGGCGACAACGUCAUCAGCGGUCAACUAUUCACGAUUAUCUUGCAGCCUGUAGACAACAAACCGCCCGCAGUGCACAAUCGUGGCUUAAGUGUCACGGAGAAAGCUUCCGUGGAAAUCACCCCGGAGGACCUCGACGCGAUUGAUACGGAUACGCCUAGUGAAGAGCUAACCUUUGUGGUGAUCAAGGUUCCCGCCUACGGAGCAAUUCAAUUGGGGGGAAGUGUCUUAAAUGAAAAUGACUUUUUCAGGUGCUCAGAUAUUGCGAGUGGUCAUUUAUCGUAUAAAAACACUGGUAGUUCUGGAAGAAAAUUGGACAAGUUUGAGUUAGAGGUUCGUGAUGGAAUACAUAGAGUUCCGGUUACUGUUAAGGUGAACAUCAAACCACUUUCUGAGGAAUCGCGUGUUCCAAAGAAGCCCGGUACCACCAAUGUGCUCUUGACUGUUAAAGAGGGAGGCAAAGUUUUGUUGCAGAGUCAGGCCUUCAACAUACAAAACUAUGUUGAUCAUGCAGGUAGCCUUCAAUUUAUUCUAACACAUGCUCCCAGACAGGGCAGCAUAUUUGACAGUGGAAUGAAAGCAAAUCGAUUUUCUCUGCAAGAUCUUCUGAAGCGAAAAGUCUUCUAUGUUCACGGUGGCAUCGAGACUGGUGUAAGUGGUUCUAGUGACCUAUUUCAACUCAGUAUUACUGAUGACUCAGGAACACGGAGAAUUGACGAUGCUCUCAUUCACGUGAAAGUUGAGCCUGUAGAUUCGGUACCUCCCCGUGUCUUGAUUGGACCGUCUCUCGUUGUUCCUGAAGGCGGCAAAGCCACGAUCACACGUGUGCAUCUAUCUGCUACCGACGUAGACACGAGUGAUGAAGAUAUUCUCUGCAGCAUCGACGUGCAGCCAAGCCACGGGUAUGUUGAAAACCUGUCACCUCUGCCGGGAUCUGAGCGUGUGCAUACAGGCGUACCUGUGUCGGCAUUCACAUCGGCAGAAGUAAUAUCUGGUUGGAUAAACUACGUUCAAAGCAUACACAGAGGAUUCGAACCACUGGAAGACAACUUUACCUUCGUUUGCUCUGACGGUGUGAACACUAGCCCCAAACAUAAGUUUCACGUGCAGAUAACACCGAAAAACGAUGAGGUGCCAGAGAUAACAAUAGAUGAGAUAAUUGUGUCGGAAGGGUCUGAUAGAUCGUUGGAGGAGAUUGUAACCCAAACAGCAGACAUAGACAAGCCCAGUGACAAACUGACAUUCCGGGUCACAAAGCCGCCUCAGCACGGGAAGGUAUUAUCGACGAGAACGCUGCAACUGGAAUCCUUCGACAGCGACGACGUGGCCGCACCAUUCUUUGUAGUAUAUAGGCAUGACGACAGCGAGACGACGGCAGACUCAUUCGAGCUGUCUGUCAGUGACGGACAACAUGAAAGUCGCAAACAGAUCUCCGUGAUCAUAACGCCGGUAGAUGACGAAACACCCCGGCUCGCUGUCAAUGAUGGUUUGGAGGUUGGACUGGAAGAAAAGAAAGCCAUCACAAACCGCGUUCUGAGAGCCCAGGACAUCGAUUCUGACGAUUCCAGCUUGACAUACAUCUUAAGAGACAUACCUAGGCACGGGAGGCUGCAAGUCUUGAAUUCCACCACUUAUCAGCCUUCGCGCGACUUGACCGUAGCAUCUAACUUUACUCAGCAAGACAUUGACAGUGGGCUCAUCAUGUACACGCACACCGGAGCACCCGGAGUCCGCGAUCUUAUUAGACUUGAUGUCACGGACGGCACCAACUGGCUAAUUGACCAGUACUUCUGGGUGACCAUUGAGAGCAUCGACGUCAUCUAUCCGGAAGUAGUCAAUCGAGGAGUGAGAGUGCCUGAAGGAGGCAAGGUGACGCUCACCACUGCCGCACUGAGCACGACAGACCUGAACAGUGACGAUGAACACCUUCGCUUCACCAUAACGAAAUCACCCGGGAAAGGGCACCUCGAAAGCUCAGAUGCCCCAGGAGUGAUAAUCAGGUCCUUCACGCAGCUGGAAUUGGCGGGAAACAAAAUCAGCUACGUACACACUAGCAAGGACGAGAGCAAGCUCGACAACUUUGAAUUCGAGGUGAGCGACGGCCGAAACUCGGUGUACCGAACCUUCCGAAUCUCCAUCACCGACGUGGACAACAAGAAGCCCGUAGUGUUCAUCUCGCCAUUGAGACUACGCGAAGGCAGCGAGCGCCUGAUCACGCCGUUCGAACUGAAGGCCGACGAUAUGGAUACUCCAGACAGGAACGUUCACUUUCGCGUCAUUCACAGGCCACUGCAUGGCCGCAUCUUUAUCGACAGGUCCCGCGAGGCCGUUUCCUUCACCAUGGCCGACCUGGGGGACAACAGGUUGUCCUACUCCCACGACGGCAGUGACACGAAGCAGGACAACUUCACGUUCGUGGUCAGCGACGGCGUCCACCGUGAUUUCUACGUGCAUCCGAACGUGCAGCACCCGACGCGCGAGCCGCAGCUGUUCCCUGUGGAAGUAGUCGCGGUUGACAACAGCCCUCCCCGAGUGGCGGUGAACAGGGGAGCCUCGGCGCUUUCCUACUUGGAUGGAUCGCGCCGGCUCGGAUUUCGCUUCAACAGUGACGUGCUGCGCGCGUGUGACAGCGACAGCGUGGAUGCCAGGCUCAAAUAUGUGGUGAACGUGCUCCCCACCCAUGGAAUUCUCGUCAACCGGGCCGUCGGCAAUCGAAGCGUCGUGGAAGUUCACGCAGGCUGACCUGGAUAACGCGGAUAUAUUCUACCUGCUGCACCAAAAGUCCAACGCCACAAGAGACAGCUUCCAGUUCAAAGUGGUUGACGAAGGGAAGAAUGAAUUGAGGGGGCAGACCUUCGAUCUUCGUUGGUCGUGGAUCUCGCUGGCCCAUGAACGGUACAUCGUCAACGAGACCGACUCACACUUGGUGGUGGUACUCCACAGGAGAGGCUACCUGGGGGAAACGGCA